AAGUCCGUGAAGCUUUUCGAUAAGAAUCCGUCAACAUUCAGUGCGCCGCUAGUUCAUCGAGUCAGCAUGUGGUUUAAAGUACAGUAGCCAGUACAACUUUAUUUUGCUAUUGCGAUUUUGUCUUCACUCCCAACUUUGCGUGAUCUUCAUUUUUCGAAGCUGAAGCCGCGAAGGAGAGAAAAUGGGCCGCCGCGUAGUCGGUUUUUCUUUCCGUGUCGUCCCACGUGGGCAUUAUAUGUGGGUCGAGAGCCCUUGAAAGUAAAGAAAAAGGACCUUCUUGCCUUGAUCUUUUCCCGACACUCACCCGGUCGUCGAGCUGCGGCACGGAUGAGCCGGCAGUAGUCCGCCUAGAAGACGAUCGGUCGACGGGAGGACAGCUUGAUUUCCAGCAAGCGCCCGGUACGUCUUGGGCACAUUCGGGCCGGGAAGAGAUUGGGAAUUGGAAAAAUAAACGGUGUAGUCGUGCUGACCAGUAGUCGCCAUCAUGUUGCGGCUUUUCCCGACGCGGAUCGCGGUGGCUGCUUUCUCGGCGGCGCGCGCGGUGCUGGCACAAGCGGAAAAAGUGGAAAUCAUCAUAGACGCGGGGAGCACGGGAUCGCGAAUGUACUUUCUUGACAUACCAUCGCUCUUCGCAGUGGAAAUUUCAAAGCAGCUGUCUCGGAAGAUAGUUUUCAUCGUUCUAUGAUCUUUUCAAUGCUACCGCGUCUCGCAAGAAUGCCAUGGCGGUCAAGUGCCGCAUUGCCAGAGACGUCCUUAGGAAAUAAACGCGGCAAAAGAAAAUCUUCAACACCUGUACUACAUAAAAAUCCGUACUAUUCUGUCCAGGUACGUGUUUCACAGCAACACCGAUGGCGUUCUACUCCACUCCAAAAUUGUCGGCAAGAAGAAGCCGGGACUCAGCUCCUUCGCCGAGAAACCAGAGGGGGCGCUGCAGCCGUUGCAGUGGCUGUUCGCGAAGUUCAUGAAGGAGGAGGGGCCGAAGUACUACGGUAGGGCGAUCGGGGUGAAGAUAUUCGGGACCGCGGGCAUGCGGCUGUUGCCCUCCAGCAAGCGAGAAGGGGUGUGGAAGAGCGUAAGCAGCGGGCUGAACGACUACUUCCGGGGGGAUGUAGCGGGUUCUAAAUUUUGAUAAUUUUUUUAUACUUGCGACGUUUGGUGCCCUCCAUUUCCGAUCGGACUUAAUGUUGUCCGAUAAAUAUGCAAAGACCGAAGAUGAUGUAUGAUCAUGAUGUCACCUUCGCGAAGAAAAAAUUUAAAAGAUAAGUGGUGCCUUGACUUUGUAAUCCGUGGACUGAUGAUCUUAUUUCAACAGACAAGUUGCAGUUCCAGCUGUUGUAUCAAAUGUAAAAGUGUCUGGGUCUGGAAACUUGUGAUGCUGGGUGGCGUCUCAUGAUGAGGCUACAAAUCCUGGCUCAGCAUGACAAGUUUCUGAGCUCCUAGGUGUUGCCUAGUCUGCAUGACAAACUGCGCUUCUGCAUCACAGAAAAACGGAGCUCUUGGGUAACGUGCAUGACAGAUUUAAGAGUCAUGCCAGACAAGCAUGACAAACAUGAAUUCUUCCAGACCCAGACAUUUUUACAUUUGAUAUCUUGAACACGGAAACCAUCGAGGGCGAACAGGAGGGGUUUUUCGCCCUGAUGGGCGUGAACUACCUGGUGAAGCAGAUGCAAAACGUUGGGCAGCCCUGCGAACGGCACGGAAUCCUGGACCUGGGCGGUUCUAGCACCCAGAUUGCCAUUCCGAACGACUGCAACCGGAUCACGAGGCAAAACAGCUUUAUCCGCUCUUUCCCGGAAUCCGGGAUGGAACUCACUCGCGAACGAGUCAACAAACUCUUCACGGCAGCAGAAAGGAAAAGCUGCUACUUCUCCGGCUUCGAAAGCAGCAGCGCGGGUAGUAGUUCGAGUGGCGGGAAGCCCUGCGCAGGUGCGUGAACUUUGCGUUGAAGUGUUGCUUUUUCAGAAAUCAGUAUGCAACUACUCUUACAGGUCCUCUGCUGUUGUUGCCGCCGGAAUUGCUUUGAUUAUACAGCGAGAUGAGGGGCGAAUGAAUAACGGUACAUUUUCGCAAAAAAACAGAUCUCGUGCGCGCGGCGAUGGAACACGAUAAGGGGUCACCGCACCACAUGCAGAAAGACUGGAAAAAACUGAAGAACAAGAACUUGAAAUUUAUCGCGGUCGUAUGCUUCGGGAUAGUUUUCUCGUAUCCUCCUGCAUAGUCCGCAACUUAAUUACUUACGAAUAUGCUUGUCAUGCGCGGCGCCAUGAAAGUGCGACUACAUCGUGCGUGUAAAGUAAUUAGUGUACAGACAAUCGGCUACACCACGGACGAGUGCCUUAUUUUCGGAUAUGAUGGAAAAAGUAAGAUUUUAAAAGUGCCGGAUCAUCAUGAUGAUACUAGUGAAAACUUUUUUUCUCGCCAUAACCCAGCGGCUACAUGUACGUGACGCAUUUUGCGCGGUGGCUUUUGCAGCAGCACUACCCGGAACUCGAUUAUCUCAAGGAGUUUCCCGCACCGAAGCUCAAAUCGGUAAAGCAAGCGGCGGAUAUGCCACAGAAAAAAGCUGGCAGGGCAUAUUUGUAAUGCAAAAAUAAAUACACAGAAAAAUCUGCCAUGCUUGGCCCCACAGCAUGCUGUUUCAGAUAUGCAACGCAGAUUUUUUUGCGUAUCUAUUUUUGCAUUAUGCCAGUUUUCUUCUGUGUGAUAGCGGAGAAGCUGUGCUUGCUGGAGUGGCAGAGCAAGGUCAAGGAGGGACACGAGUACACGAGCAAGUCCAAACUCCCGCACCGGUGCUUCGAACUGCACUACAUCUACACGCUGCUUCACAUGUACACCAACGGUUGCGACGAAUGCAGCAACAUCACUUUCACGGAAGAAAUCAACGGCUCCGAAGUCGAGUGGCCGAUCGGGGCGUGGCUGUAUUUCGCGGAGAAGGCGAAAAAGCAACUGCCAGGCAGCAGCAGUAGCGGGGUGAAAAAACCUCCGCCGAAGGUGGAGCUGUGACCACGACGGGAAGUGGGAAGAGGUGCCCUGUGUCGAAGAUGUUAAGUGCGUGGGACAGCGUGGUAGUUAAACGGCCUGGUUUCUGCAGCAGUCCAGAUUUUUUCAAAUUAAUUCACCAAUUCAGUAGUUGUACAUUGUACAAGUAUCCUGUUCUUCUUCUUCUUCAUUUCUGCGGCUGCUUUUUGAGAUCAAUGGAUCAACUAAAAAUACACUAAAGUUCUUGCAGUUUAUCGAUAAGCAGUUAUAAAUCAAUGAACUGAUAAAGCUUCAAUAGGGCAGAAUCCUGUGCGCAACCGGGAUUUUGUUCUUUUUUGUUUUAAACAAUGAUAGAUAACACCAGACAAAUGCCUCGAGGUUCUUUAGAUAAGAGUUCCCCUGAAGAAAGAGUCCUUUCGCAACAGGAGCAUGUUUGAGUAUGCUAAACUUUUGUGACAGUAAAAAUGUGAAUUUAAGACCACGAUCUUCUUUUUGGCGAAGUAAAGUCAGAGGAAAGUUGGAGACAG